UGAAAACACAAGUUUUGUUUGCUACAAUGUUACAGAGCAAAACAAGAAAAACUACAUGUACAUCUCUACUACAAAGACAUGGCCCUCUGCUCGAGAAUACUGCAUAAAACUAAGCAUGGACUUGGCAGUGAUCGAAAACAGUGAGGAGAAUGCUGAGGUCAGUUCAUUAAAACCAAACAGUACUGACAUUUGGAUCGGUCUGUACAGAGUGCCAUGGACCUGGUCUGACAAGAGUCAGAGCUCCUUUAAAAACUGGCGAAGUUCCAGCCCAAAUAACCCUCCGGGUAAUCAGCAUUGUGUGGUCGAGAAUAACCUCCACGUGUGGGAUGACGACGUAUGUACAAUAAAAUAUGUUUUCAUUUGUCAUCAAGUUGCAAAGUUGAGAACAACAGUGAAGAUGAAGUUUGUGACUGAUGUUAACUUAAGCGACUCUGCAACUAAUGCCCAGAUCCUCCAGCAGCUAAGAACCAAUCUAACAAGUCAAGGAUGGACUGAUUUCAAACUGCAAUGGAAGAUUCAACCCAAAAAACAAGAGAAUGAGGAGAACAGUGAAACUUAGACUUGGUGUGCUUUGGAUCAUUGCUCAGCUUUAUAACCCAAGUGUGCUAAAGAUUCAGGGCAGAAAUUGAUGAGCAGACAUUCUCCUGAAGGAUUUUCUAAUGUUUUAGAAAAAAAUUAUUGUUAUUUUUUUUUUUUUUUAUGUUAAACUAUGACAAGUUACCCGGUUACCAAA